GUAAAGAUUCCAGGCAGAAAUGGGUUACAAUUUGGCUCAUAGGCCAGUCUCUUGAACAGAAUAUUGCUGAAAAACUGUACUUGCAAUAUCUGUUUUAUACAUAAACUUCAGUGCUGUGUAUAGUGUGUAUCUUACGUUUUUACAUCAUUUUGUUUAAUAACAAAUAAUAAAUAGUAAUUUUUGCUUGUGGUAAUUUCUGAUUUUUCGUCAACCCUGAACCCCUCCUUCAAAUUCUCUAUCCCCAUGUGGGGUCUACUCACUUAAAUAAAUAAAUAAAUGAGUAGGUUCUACAUAUUUUAUAUUUUCUUUAAAUGAUAUGAGAUACUAAUUUCCUAUAUCAUAAGACUAGUAUUUUCUUUAAAUAAAUUAAGGGCAAUAAUUAGCAGACAGAAUUGAGUCACUGCCAGAUUUGUUCUUUUAUUGAAUAAACCUUGUACGGAUGUACGGAUCCCUAAAUUCUUUUAUUUUUUCCCCCUCAUUACCGAAAGUUUAGCCAAGUCUGAACAAUUAUCUCGGUAAGUUUGAGAACAGGAAGGACCCAAAAAAUUCUAACAACCUCAAUAUUUGGAAUACUAGCACGUGUCAAUGAAGUUUGAGCAACAUCUUGGCAUUGAAUUAGCCAUGAAACCUUGAUCAUGAAUGUGUUCUUUUUUUCUCCUCUGUCUUCUCUCCUACUAUUGAAUUGAAUAAAGAGGUUAUAGAGUAUUCUUACGUGAAGGCUAGCAAAAUAAAAAUAAAAAUGGGAACCCCAAUAGAGAACUCAGACCUAACGUUUCCACCAGCAGACAUUGCUGGGGAACUGAAUCCUGGGAAUAAUACUAAUGUUCAAGUUGAUCCUAUAUCAUCUGAGGUGGCUGCCACCAAGGAAAUGAUGGAACAAGCUGAGGCAGAACAAAGAAAAAAGGAAAGGGAAAAGAAGGAGGCCUUGCAAACAUUAAAAUCAGCAAUUAUAGUUUCAGGCAUAAUUGUUGCCGUGGCAGGUGCUGUCUUUGCCAUAACCAAGAAGUUAAGAGAGAAAUGACCUCUCAUUCCUUACGAGAUGUGGAAGAUUAUAGAGAUUGUUUAGGUUGGUUUUUUAAUUGUCAGGUCUAUUUUAUAUAAAUUAGUUCACAUAAUUUUUGGGUUCAGAAAUAAAUCCUCAGCCCCAACAUAAUUCAUGUUGAAUUGGUCAUCAUGUAUGCUUCUUGCAAUUGUACCUGAUGAUUCAUAUCUGAGUGCAAGUUACGUGUAUUUAGAUACAUCUUCA